AGCUGUAAAGCAGCGAAGAACAAAGAGAAGAGAGAAUUACUAUAUAGCUAAUUAACUUCUUGUUGCAUGUUCUAAUCUCAGUCUUUUAGAAACUUGUAAAAGAUGUCUAAGGAAGUGACUGAAGAGGGAGAAGCCUCUCAGCAAGCGAGAGAUCAUGUUGACUGUCCCCUCGCACCACUUUUUGACACCAAGGAACUUUCCCUCUGGUCGUUUUACAGAGCAGUUAUAGCGGAGUUCGUAGCCACCCUUCUCUUUCUCUACAUCACCAUCGCCACUGUUAUCGGCUACAAGAAGCAAGCUGAUAAUCCAUGCGGGACAGUUGGUCUUCUGGGCGUUGCUUGGGCCUUUGGAGGCAUGAUUUUCAUCCUUGUUUAUAGCACCGCAGGAAUAUCAGGUGGUCACAUUAAUCCAGCAGUGACCUUCGGUAUGUUCCUGAUACGUCGGAAGGUUUCAAUAAUAAGAGCGAUUGCUUAUAUGGUAGCUCAGUGCUUGGGAGCAGUAUGUGGAGUAGCGAUAGUGAAGGGCAUCAUGGAAGACUACGAGAAUGUUGGAGGUGGUGCUAACACCGUAUCUCCUCUCUACUCCAAGGGAACCGCUUUUGGAGCUGAGAUUAUAGGGACCUUUGUACUUGUCUAUACAGUCUUCUCUGCCACGGAUCCCAAGAAAACCGCGCUCGAUUCCUACCUCCCUGUUCUGGCUCCCUUGCCAAUUGGGUUUGCGGUGUUUUUGGUGCACUUGGCUACAAUCCCCAUCACAGGCACAGGAAUAAACCCCGCUCGCAGCUUUGGGGCUGCUGUAAUCUACAAUAAAGGCAAAGUUUGGGAUGAUCAGUGGAUUUUCUGGGUGGGUCCUUUUCUGGGAGCGCUUGCUGCAGCGUUGUACCAUGAAUUCGUCCUACGAGCGACAGCCAUCAAAGCUUUAGGAUCGUUUACGAGCCAACCCGGCUGAGUACGAGACCGGUACCGUUUGGAGUUGAAAAGAGUUAAAAUGAGUUAGAGUUUUUUUAUAAAUAAUAAUGAGGUAAGA